AUACCUUAGAUUGACCUUUUUACUCUAUCGUGAAUUGUCCGUCCUCGAGCGAGACAAUGCGAGGAAAUUAACCCGUAAUUACGAACGGCGGAAGACAGGAACUCCGCGUUACAUUUCGGCAUUAGUGACGCUAUUCUACUUUGCGCCAGUACCGACGCAAAGUGCGCCGGCGAAAGAUUGGAGAAACGAGAGUACUCGUUGUACCGACUUCAAUUCUCCCUUUAUACGAGUCAAGUGCCGGGCGUUUGAUCCCGCUGUUGAGUGCUAGGCGCUAUUUCACGAAUUCCACGAUACGAUCUGCGCCGACGCUCGACGUCGCCCCGGACAGCUCGUCUCCGCUUGCGUCAACGUCGCUAAGGGAUAUGAGUGAAACAUGAAAGUAGGAUUUGCGAAAUGUAAAGGCGAGAUAGAGGGGAGAGAGAAUAAAGGGACACGCGCGACGGCGAUUUAUGGUGGGACUUUAUUCCUUUCGGAGCGAUGUAUAAAUCUUCAAGGCGCGACAAUUUGCUGUCCGUUUAAUUUCCUGCGUUAUCUAUUUGCAGAUUUAGUAAUAAUGCUUAUUUCGUUAUUGCAUCACGAGACAGCUUUGAGAGGUAAUUGAUUAGACGGAGAUGUGACAGGACAAAGUAUGGUCUUUGUGGCCCAAGAGGACACGCGUGGGAUUCUAUUCGGUCUUCCUACGUCUCUUGAUUACGAGAUCAGAUAGUGUCGGGCCGUUUCAUUAAGGAGGAAGGAAUUCACGUGAAAUUGCUUCGGGAAUGCGUGCCCGAUGAUAUAUCGCCCGUAUGGCAGUGACGGAGAGGGGGACUGAUGAAACGAAAACGGGUCUCCGCGGUCCCGUUUGUGCAUCAGCGAGCUAAUCCGCGACUGUCAACGCGAUCAGACACGCGAGGUGUCCCUCGCGGCUCGCGAUUCGUCGCGCGUUGUUCGUCGCGAGGGUUUCCGCAGCGCGUGUCCGUCGCGUGUGCGGAAGUUGUCGGGAGGCGCCAGCCAGGAAGGAAGCGUUCCGCGCGCGAGGAAGAGGUUGAUAGAGCCUACUGUGUGGUAGCUGCCAUGCCAACGUACCACAAUGCGGGUGGCGGAUACCCGAAUGUGUCAGCGCCAGCGCGGCAAGCGAAACUCGACGGCAAUCAAAAUCAUCACACUAUCCCUUCAAACGUAACGUCUCAUCCCCUCAUACAAAACAACACUCAGCAGCAGCAGCAACAGCAGCAGCAGCAGCAACAGCAGCAGCAGCACAGCGUUCCUUCCAACCUGACUGCAGGUAGCAUUCCGUCCCAUCCAGUGUCGCCGACGAUGACCACGCACUCGAGUGUCGCCACUUCGAACAUCACGACGCAUAUGAACACCACGUCCUCGCCGGUGAUUCUCACCUCGAAUGCCAUCAAUCCGGCCGCCAACACUACCGCGUUGCCGGCGAAUCCACGACACGAAGUGAAACUAAACGCGAUGCCAUGGUUUCACGGAAAGAUAUCGAGGGAAACUGCGGAAAGAUUGUUGCGACCACGAGAGGACGGUUUGUUUCUAGUUCGAGAGUCAACCAAUUUCCCUGGGGAUUACACGCUCUGCGUAUGCUACCAAGGGCGCGUGCAGCAUUACAGGGUGAAAUAUAAAAACAACCAGUUAACGAUCGAUGACGAGGAGUUCUUUGAGAAUCUGGCGCUCUUGGUCGAGCAUUACGAGCAGGACGCGGACGGUCUGUGCACGCAGCUAACGAAAUCUUUGCCGAAACAGGGCAAGCAAGACUUUUGUGUGGACCCAAAGGCAUUCGUGGAGGCCGGUUGGGUGAUUCAGACUCACGAGUUAGAGUUAAGGGAAUGCAUCGGAAAGGGAGAAUUUGGGGACGUGCUGCUAGGUGUCUACCGAGGGGAAAGAGUCGCGGUGAAAAUGCUGAAGGAUAACAGCGAAGCGGCACAGAGGUUUCUCGCCGAGGCGAGCUUAAUGACCUCGUUGAUUCAUGACAAUCUGGUUAAAUUACUCGGUCUCGUUUUUAAUAAUCAACACAUGUACCUGGUUACGGAGUAUAUGAGUAAGGGAUCCCUGGUGGAUUAUUUACGGUCGAGAGGAAGAUUGCACGUUUCGAAAAAGGAUCAGAUUAAUUUUGCAUACGAUACGUGUGCCGGUAUGGCGUAUCUGGAAUCCAGACAUGUUGUGCAUCGAGACUUAGCGGCGAGAAAUGUUCUCGUAGCGGAGGAUAAUUCCGCCAAAGUAUCCGAUUUCGGCCUGGCGCGGGACGAAAAUUUUUCUCUCGACGGUGGAAAGCUGCCGAUCAAGUGGACUGCACCAGAGGCUCUAAAACAAAACAAGUUUUCAAACAAGUCUGAUAUGUGGAGUUUCGGAAUUCUUCUCUGGGAAAUCUAUUCCUUCGGUCGUGUGCCGUAUCCGCGAAUUCCUUUAGCCGAUGUUGUAAAGUGCGUAGAAAAGGGAUACAAGAUGGAACCGCCAGAUGGAUGUCCUGCGGAAGUUUACGACAUUAUGAGACAGGCAUGGGAUUUACAGCCAGAAAAGAGACCGAGUUUUCACGAUAUAAAAGUGACACUCGGCCAAUUGAGAGCGGAGUACACCAAAGGCGUGAAUUAAGAAAGAAUUUAAUAAAACUUAAAUAAACUUAGCGAGAACUGAAAAAGCGGGGACUGGGAUGCCCGAAUAAUUUCUCGUUUUCAGGACGAAAAUAGUGAUUUUGAAUGUUUCUGUUAAAAGGGAAAGACAGUGACAGGACUGCGAUUGUACAUUGUAUACAAAAAAAUAGUAUUUGCUUUGCUUAUAUUUAUUGUUAUUUUAGUUCUUGAAAUGUGUGGGAAGAACUUUAAUUUUUAUAUAGUAAUAUUUUGCACACACAAGCAUUACCUAUGGUCAAUCGUGCCUUUGUCCAAGUUGACGUUCUCGAGCAGGAAAUUCAACUUGUACAUAAUAAAAUCCGAAUAUAUUCGGGAUAAAAUCAACAGAGUUAAAAUAUGCGUAAUUUGCCUAUUACUUAAUUUUCGAUAGUCGCAUAUGAAGUCUAUUACGGUGAUGAUAAAAAUGGCUUCGUAUUCCACUACACCAUUUUUUUCAAGUGAUUCAAGUCUGUUUUAUAUUGCAGCACAAAAAUGACGUAUUAUACAUUAGAUUAAAUUUAGAUGAAUUAUAACACAUGCUACGUUAUAUGAUAUUCACAAUCUCGUCCACUUACAAUUAGUUUUUAAUCGGUUAGCAUUUCGUUUUUGUUGAAGUUGUGUAAAAAAAUUCAUUUGCAAUUUAUAUUGUUAUGAAUUUAAAAGAUUGUCUAAGCAAUUCUAGUUAUAUAUUGCAAGUAAUUAAACUCUAAUGUUUAGUUGCUUAAGUUUCUUUGAUCAAAGAUUUGUCGUAAGAAGUAUUAAUUUUUUAACUAAAUUAUAUUACAAUAUACACCAUUAUUUAAGUUCUUUUCAUUAAACAUUUGACUGCAUUAGUGGUGUAAAUGUAUCUCUUUGUAAAUAUUUUUGUAUAUAAUUUAUCCAUCGAAAAAGGAUAAUGUUUUAAGAAACAAUUGAUAUUGGUUAAGAGAAGAUUGAUAUUGAUCAAUGACAAUUUCUUUUAGUUCAAACUAACACGUAUGAUAUGAACGAAUGUCUAUACACAAUUGCACCACGCUAAAAAGUAAUUAUAUCGUUUUACUACUACUUUGUAAUCGUUCAUUUUUCAUGAAGUGUUCUGCCAACAAUAAUAACGGACUAAUUGUGACUAUUUGACGGCCGUAUUUCGCUGAACAGUAGCCACGAGCUACGGGGAAGAUCAAAUAUUUAUUCUUUAAGAUAUCAGGUGAGUGACAAGGUCUGUGUAAAGUUGUAGAUAUUGAAUUCUUAUGUAUGCAACGUAAUUUAAAAAAAAAUUAAUUUUUUUUCAUUAAUUAAAUAUCAAGAUAUCUAUGUAACGCAGAGUCGUCAAGUACCGUGUAUUAAAUCGACACUGUAUUAUGCGAUAAUUUAGUAAAUUUUGAAAAGUGACGUGGUCACACAGUUCCUUGAAACGAAAUCUUUCACGAUAGAAGCAGAGAUUGUCUUGACUGAUGAAAUAUUUCACAACAAUAGGUUCGAUCUUUCUCUUCCACAAGUGUCUCUUCAGUCUGCGGGUAGUUCUAUAAGAAAAUUUAGAACGUAUUUAUCUUAAGCAUGGUCCGUUUAUAACUUUGAUAUUACAAUAUGUACUUGAGAGGUACACGUAUUAAUAAUGUGUAUUAAUAUGGCUCUAACUGAUACCUUGAAUUGCUCUUUCAUUUAAGGAGGUUUAAUAUUUGUAUGUAUUUACAAUCUGCGAAUACACAUGAGUUCUUCCAAUUAUAAAUUUCAUAUUACUCAUCGAAAAUGCCAAUUUCAUCUCCAUUUUGUCUCUGACGUUUCAAAUCCAAGAUGAAACAUCUUGUUAUUCGUUGAAGAGCAUUAUAUUUAUAUAUAAAUAUAUAUGAAACAAUGACCGCGUGUGACAUUGUUACUUGUGUAUUUUGAUAUGUACACGGGAUUUCGUUGUUGCGAUAUUAGUUUUCUUAUGACAACCAAUGUGUCCGUUUAUUUUCUACUGAUAAUCGAUCGAUUAGAGUGUAAGAAAUCUAUAAUAUAUAUUAAUUAAUAAAUUAGAAACAUCGCAAAAUCACGCAAGGGAAUUAAAUUGUACUUGGGACGCAUGUGUUCACAUUGAAACGGUAUGGUGUGCCGAUUCGAUGCGAGUGUAUGUGGGAUUUGUGACAAAUACGUUUUCCAUUCUUGCAACUCUUUUAUAGAGUCUGGAACGAAUAAUUCAGGAAAAGAGAUACCUUUGUCGUCGUACUGUUGUUACGUCACAAUUCUAAAGAUUCUCAUUAGACAGCUAUAGCGAUGAGAGAAUAGAUCACUGAUGAAAGAAUAAAAGUUAUUAAUAAAGGAGAGAAGUUACGCUA